AUGAGGCUCCGUCCGACUGCGGCGGCGACAUUGCUCGCGCUUGCGCCUGAGCAUGUCCUCGCCGAUAGGUCCGUUUUGCCUAGAGGCUCUUCUCACCAAUGUUGCGCCUCCCUCUCAUCCAGCGAGGUUGGCGAUAAAGUCAUCUAUCCCGGCGACGCAGCGUACGAAACGUCCGUUCACUCGUACUGGGCCGUGAACGUACAGCUCGAGCCCGCUUGCAUCGUGCAGCCACAUUCCGCCGACGAUGUUGCGGCCGUUGUGCAGAUCUUGACGAGUGCUGGUGGUGACUCGCCUUGCAAGUUCGCGGUGCGUAGCGGUGGCCAUAUGACCUGGGCGGGCUCGAACAACAUUGAAACCGGCGUCACUAUCGAUCUGCAGAUGAUGAACAGCACGAUCUACAACGAGGAAGCUAAAGUUGCGUCGAUUCUCCCUGGCGCGCGCUGGGAGUCCGUCUACAAGACCCUUGAGGAGUAUAAUGUUGUGGUGCCCGGUGGGCGUACCGGUCCUGUCGGUGUUGGCGGGUUCUUGCUUGGAGGUGGCAACUCGUUCCAUGCUGCGCGCGUCGGCCUCGCCUGCGACAACAUCAUAAACUACGAGGUCGUCCUGGCCAGCGGCCGCAUCGUCAACGCCAAUAUCGAGUCCAACACGGACCUCUUCAAGGCGCUGAAGGGCGGCGGGAACAACUUCGGUAUCGUGACCAAGUACGAGGUGAAGGCGAUCGAUAACGCCAAUCUCUGGGGUGGCAUCUCGAUCUACGACAACUCCACCACAGACCAGCAGAUCGAUGCCCUGGUUAAGUUUAUUGACAACAUCGAAAACGACCCUUACGCUUCGUGGAUCGGUCUGUGGCAGUACAACUCCACCACGGACAAGACCCUCAUCAGUAGUCCGCUCGACUACACCAAGCCGGUCGCGUAUCCGGAGACGUUUAACGAUUUCUACAAGAUCCCUAACAUCUCCAGCUCGACACGGUUUGCCACCUUGUACAAUCUGACCAGUGAGCUGCAGCAGGCUGCAGGAUAUCGUGAUGUGUUCCUCACCAGCACCUAUCUCAACAGUGCCAAGGUCCUGCAAAAGACCAUCGAUAUUCUCAACGAGAAGAUCCUCAAAGCCAAGCCCGUGGCCCAAGGCAAGGACUGGUCCAUCAUGGUGAUCAUCCAGCCCUGGCCUAAGAUUUUUUGGCAGCGGACCCAGAGCAACGGUGUCGGCAACGUGCUCGGUCUGGACCGGUUUGAUGACAACAUGCUACAGGUUUUGUACGAUUACUCCUGGGACAGCGAGGCCGACGAUGCUCUCUUCCAGUGUCUGUGUGAGGAGGCGAUGGCCGAGCUGGACGACUACGCCAAGUCCAUUGGCAAGUACAAUGAGUACAUCUACCUCAACUAUGCCGACAAGACCCAGAAUCCUCUUCGCGGGUACGGCGAUGAGAACGUUGAGUAUAUCAGAGCGGUAGCCCAGCGGUACGAUCCUGACGGCGUCUUCCAGACCCAGGUGCCUGGAGGAUUCAAGGUGUCUCAAGCGUAG